UCAGUCAUGGGGCUGCUGCUACCGAUCCUUCUUGGUUUUCUUGCCUCUCUAAUAGGAGGGUUGUACCUUCUGGGGGUUUUUCGAAAGCGACAACUAAGAGAACCCCCGCUGGAUAAGGGCCCCAUCCCUUGGCUUGGUCAUGUGUUAGAGUUUCGCAGGAACACAUUGAAGUUUGUAGAGAGGAUGCAGAAAAAACAUGGUGAUGUAUUCACAGUACAGCUUGGAGGGUUUUAUAUAACAUUUCUUCAGGACCCUCUGUCUUUUGGGGCAUUUGUUAAGGAGAGUCGAGACAAACUGGACUUCAACCAAUUUGCUAGGCAUCUGGUGCGCAAAGUCUUUGGCUACUCAGCCAUAGAGAAUGACCACCAUAUUCUCCAGGUAUCCAGCAACAAGCAUCUGAAGGGGGAAGGCCUGGAGGUAAUGACACAAGCCAUGAUGAGUAAUUUGCAGAAUCUCAUGUUGCACAACAUUGGCUCAGCUGCAGACCAGAGGACCUGGAUAGAAGAUGGACUGUUUAUGUACUGCUACAAUAUUGUUUUUAGGGCUGGUUACUUAUCCCUGUACGGCAAUGUGCCACCCAAGUCUGAAGAGAGUGAGGAGAGUGCCAAAGAGAAAGACAGAGCUGAAUCAGAAGCCUUAUUUUACGAGUUUCGUAAAUAUGACCAGCUUUUCCCAAACCUGGCUUAUGGUGUCCUGCCCCCGAAGAAAAGGAUGGAAGCAAACAGGCUGAUGGAGUUCUUCUGGGACGCUCUAUCAGUGCAGAAGAUGAAGGUCAAGGACAAUAUUAGUCGCUGGGUGUGGGACAUGCAGCAGGCCAAAGAGGAGAGUGGAAUGACAGAGGAAAUGAUAAACAGAUACAUGUUUGUGCUUCUUUGGGCCUCUCAGGGCAACACGGGUCCUUCUUCAUUUUGGCUGCUCCUCUUCCUCAUGAAGCACCCAGAAGCUAUGAGGGCUGUGAAGGAAGAGGUUGAUAAGGUCCUAAAGGAAUCUGGGCAGGAAGUCACACAUGGUGGCCCUUUAGUCGACCUGACCCGUGAGAUGCUGAUGAAAACACCAGUCUUGGACAGUGCUGUAGAGGAGACCCUCCGACUCACUGCUGCACCACUCCUCACCAGAGCAGUUCUCCAGGAUAUAACGAUCAAGAUGGCUGAUGGUCGAGAAUACUUCAUUCGCAAGGGUGACAGAAUGGCAGUCUUUCCUUACAUUGCUGUUCACAUUGACCCAGAAGUCCACACUGAUCCACAUUCUUUCAAAUAUGACCGCUUUCUGAAUCCAGAGGGGAACAAGAAAACUGAUUUUUACAAAGGAGGGAAGAAGGUGAAGUAUUUCAACAUGCCCUGGGGUGCCGGGGUCUCCAUGUGCCCUGGGCGUUUCUUUGCCACCAAUGAGCUAAAACAGUUUGUUUUUCUGAUGUUGUGCUACUUUGAGUUUGAGCUGAAGAAUCCUGAUGAGAAGAUACCUGAAAUUGACUACAGCCGAUAUGGCUUUGGAUCAAUGCAGCCCCAAAAUGAUGUUCAGUUUCGUUACAGACUCAGAUAUUAAACCUGCAAUAGAUUUAUUGGGUUUGUUUUUGGUUUUCAUCAUCUUGGUGAGCUUUGAUUUGAAAAGCAUGUUUCUAGGAUACAUUAGAUUCCACAAUGAAAUAUUAUUUUUACCUUGAUGUCACUAAUAUUAUUACAGGCACAUAAUGGAUGUGUCUUCAACACAUAAAAUAUGUUAAAAUCGUCAAAUAUGCAAUACAGAAAAUGCACCACUACUAUAUUUUGAACAGUUUAUAAAUUACAAACUUGAUAUCUAUAUUUUUCCUCCAAAAUCAGAGAUUUCAUUUAUUUAAUUCAACAAUAAUAUAAUAGUCUCAUAGACCUUAAAUGUAUUGUUGGUUUGACACUGAAUAUUGUGAUUAUUUUCCAUUGUGAUAUAAUUCCUAAUAGGUGAAGCUACAUGUCUAAUUUGUUUUAGUAUGGUGAAGUGACAACCUAUAAUAAUUCACUGUUACAAAAGUCAAAUUGUGUAGAAAUUAAGAUGGUAGCCAAAAACGAAAAGCUUACUAAUAUGUUGUAAAUAUGUGAUUAUUUUACACUUAAUUUUACAUCUAAUUAGAAGUAGUCAUUGUCUUUGUUUGUGUAAUCCUACGAUCAGACAGGGCAGGUGAUUUGUUUAGCUUAUGUCUUACAUUUGUGCAGUUGUCCAUGCAGUAUAUGUAACAUCACUGGACUGGUUUUACUAGGUCAAGGUUAGUUUUUUAAUACUGGGAAGUCCUUUUCCUGUAAACGGCACCUGUAACCUCAAUGACUGACUUUGUAAUAGGAUGAGAUUAUGUAUGGGUUAGGGUUUUUAGAUUUUCCCCCUUUUUAAUAAACCCUUUACUCAACCAAAAGAUCACAAUUUGUAAUGGAUGGGCCUAAAUAUUUCAUGAGACUGAAUUAGAGACAAAGUGAACUGGACUGGAUAAAGCUAUUUGACACUGUAGAGACUCUAGAGACUGUAGAGCUUUAUUGUUUUACAAUGUAAUUGCUCAAUAAAUCAUGUCUGUAACUCUUUCUGUAACUCAGCAUUUACUCAACAGCUAUAAUAAACUAACUGUUGCUGCUAUUGAUCAAGUAGCUAUUGCCAUAAUUAAAUAAUGUAAUCAGUUGCUUCUAAUUACAUAAUUCCUCUCCUCUGCACUGAUCAUACAGUUUUUAUAUAAGAUUGGGUGUUGUAAUUCAUGUUCAUAUUACAAAAUAUUUCACAUGAAAAAAAAAAAAAGAAAAAAAAAAAAUAUAUAUAUAUAUAUAUAUGUACAUAAAAUGAAGAUAAAUCCUUCUUUUCAGUUUAUAGUCUGUUACAUGGGCCAUGAAUAAGUCUUCGGGCCAAUUCAAAUCGUAACUUUUUCAACUUUCUGUUGGAGAAAGUUUUCAACCCAUAAUGUUUAGCUGCUUUGAUGUGUGUUGAAAUAUUCAAACAUUCACUUAAAAGCAUAGUGCACACACAUACACACAUACACACACACACACACAAACCCAUGAACCCAGGCACACAUCUGGCACUAAUACAUGCCAUAUGACAUUGUUUAAACAGAUCCUUUCAAGUUUCUCUAAAGCGUAUUGCCUACAUGUGAAAACAAAAAAAAAAGCACUUUGGAAACAUUUUAGUAGCUCUUAUUCAAAUCUACAAUGCCAUUAUUAUCUUAAGAUAUACUCAGUGGUCGAGAUAACCAAUACAUUUUGUGACAAUAUUGUGAAUUUGAUUGUCUCAGUUUCAGGAAAUCCUGCAGGAGUCAUGGUUUCAUGGGAACGGGUCACAUUUUUCUAGUAAUAGUCACACGUGUGGUUUUGCUACUAAACCAUGCUUUAAACAUGAGUGAGCAUUUGGCGACUUUUUCUUGGUUGACUCAGUUGUUUUUCAAAAAUAUUACUCAUUUUAAUAUUAGUUUAGGCAUUUUAUUAUUGGUGGCCAUUUUUAUUCUGUCAGUCUUUGCUUAGAUUUUGAAACAUAUUUACUUAAUUUCAAUUACAUUAAUAUUUCUAAACUAAACAGUAGAAUGCUAGAGAGAAACAAAGGAGGACAAUCCUUUUUCACAUAGGGGCAAGAGGUGACUUCACUCUCUUCACUUGUCAUACUGAUGUGGAAAUUAAGACUGGAGAUUAGUAAGAUUCUAAUCACUUAUUCUCUGCUAUCCCUGUUUGUGAGGGCAGGUGGUAAAAAUAAUGAUUUCUACCUCCAGACCCUUGAUGUUGGGUCAUUCAUUGCAGAUUGUCUGUGCAGCGUGAACAUUGUACAUUAUUGUUUAUUCCCCACAUCAGAUGUAGCUAAGUGUCCUGGGUGGCUGAUUAAUUGUUUAUUUUGAGUUUGAGAGUCUGAAGAAUCCUGAUGAAAAGAUGCCUGAAAGUAAUGGUGCUUGAGAAAAAAAAAGACUUUUUUAAAAAUGACUGGACUGGUUUUGAAACAAAACUCAUUGUAACAAUUUCACUGUCACAAUGAAUUAUAGUCAAAUUGUUAUAUGUAUAUGUUGUUAGGCUAUAUGAACCAUUGAUAUGCUUAUUGCUGUAUUCUGGUUUGUUUUCCUGGGUUUUGUAUCAUGUCUACUAACAGUCUUGACAGCAAACCAACAAGAUAGACAGAUAUUGAUUAAUGUCGUGCUUGGCACGACAUUAUUGAGCCGCUGGCUCAUAUUUAUUUUCACUUGUUCACAUUAUUGAGAUUGAAACAUGUAUUAUAUAAUGUACAUGUAAAUAAAAAUGUUCUAGUUGAAAUGUUGUAAAUACUGCAGUAUGUUUAUGGGGUCAUGCAUGCUUAUGAAAAGUCCAAAACACAUUAAUUUUCAUGACUGAUUUGGUGCAAUUAUAAUGAAUAAAUGCAAUGUAAGA